CCGGGUGAAGUAAAAAGUCACAAACAAAGAUGGCGGCAGCGGUAGGUCGAGUGUUGCAGUGAGCGGGACGGAGUGAGCCGGAGGAACUGUGACCUGGGGAGUCGGCUAUGUGUGUGUGAGUGCGCGGCGGAGCAGGAAGGUCAACUCUGGGAGAGGAAAUACAAAGCGGACACGUGUCGCCAGUUGCAGUGCGGCUGUUCGUGGCUCCGAGUUCAAUUAGACUGCGACUCCUCCACUUGUGGCGAUUUCCCUUCAUGUUGGUUCGGUGAGAGGAGGAGGAGGAGGAGGAGGAGGCGGCGGCCGCCGGCGGCAGAGUGUUUUUAACUGAUAACCAAAGGAGAAAAGUAAACAGAAGAAGGGUCUAGGUCCGAAACAUCAGCCUUCCUGCACUUCUGAAGCUGCUUGGCCUGCUGUGUUGAUCCAGCUCUACACCUUGUUAUCUCAGAUUCUCCAGCAUCUGCAGUUCCCACUAUCUCUGAAACAGCUUUGUGAAUGUGUUGGUAUCACGUGCUCACUUCGUGAGUCAUUUUUUUCAGGUUGUCUACAAAUGGGAAAACCAGCCAUGAUUGACGAUAAAGGCCCCAGGGUUAGUGACUACUUUGUAGUUGCAGGCCUAACUGACACAUCUACGCCAUUGGAGGAAGAAAUCACUAUAUCAGAGACUAAGUCAACAGGACCAAAAGCACCAAUAACAGAUCUUGCUGUCAUCAUCAAAUCAGCAGGAGAAAAUGUACCAGAAGGUUACACUUGUAUUGAAACUACCCCUACGGGACUUCAGGCAAACUUGAAUUUUGGGAGUUUGAAAAGCCCAGAAAUGCAUCUUUGCUACAAAAGAGGGCGUGAAAAGCCACCUCUCAUUGAUAUUGGGGUUUUAUAUGAAGGGAAGGAACGUCUUAUUCCAGGAUGUGAAAUUUUACAUGCAACUCCUUUCGGCCGUUGUGCUAAUGUUAACAACAGUUCAACCACAUCUCAGCGAAUCUUCAUUACACAUCGGAGAGCUCCGUUGAACAGACCGCAGAAUUCUUUGGCUGUGACUGAUAUCUGCGUUAUUGUUACCAGUAAAGGAGAAACUCCACCUCACACUUUUUGCAAAGUAGAUAAGAACUUGAACUGUGGCAUGUGGGGUUCCAGUGUGUAUAUUUGUUACAAGAAGUCUGUUCCUGCAUCGAAUUCAAUUGCAUAUAAAGCUGGAUUAAUAUGCCGAUAUCCUGAAGAUGAUUAUGAAUUAUUUCCACUGUCCGAAUCAGUUCCCCUCUUCUGCCUUCCCAUGGGAGCUACAAUUGAAUGCUGGGCUCCUCAAACUAAGUAUCCACUGCCAGUUUUCUCUACCUUCGUGUUGACCGCCUCAUCAGCAGAGAAGGUAUAUGGUGCAGCUAUCCAGUUUUAUGAAUCUUACCCAAUGGAACUUCUAACUGAGAAACAGCUCAUGCAACUGGGCCUCAUCACUGCUGUGGGCAAGAAGUUAAUCACGACCAAGUCUGUGCACACCAAUAAAUGCAUCUGUCUUCUCUCGCGCUGGCCAUUUUUUGAGGCAUUUCGCAAAUUCUUGAUGUUUUUGUACAAGCUUUCAGUCUCUGGACCUCAUCCUUUACCCAUUGAAAAGCAUAUAUCCCACUUCAUGCAUAAUGUUCCCUUCCCAUCAGCCCAGAGGCCAAGAAUCUUGGUUCAGCUGUCAGCGCUUGAUGCCUUGAUCCUGUCUCAGCCAGUUUCAACCCCCUUGCCUUUAAGAGGAGCAAACUUUAGCACUUUGCUAAUGAACUUGGGUGCCGAGAACUGUGCGACUUUAUUGUAUUUUGUGCUGAUGGAAAACAAAGUUCUGCUGCACUCUCUCAGACCUGCGGUGUUGACAGGUGUGGCUGAAGCUGUUGUAACUAUGAUAUUUCCUUUCCACUGGCAAUGUCCUUAUAUUCCACUUUGUCCAUUGUCCCUCGCUGGAGUCCUCAAUGCCCCAAUUCCAUUUAUUGUAGGUGUUGAUUCACGCUAUUUUGACCUUUAUGAUCCACCCCUGGAUGUUGUAUGUGUGGACCUGGAUACAAAUACAAUAUAUCUAUCUGAUGACCGGAAAAAUUUAAACUGGAAGCAGCUUCCAAAAAAGCCUGGGAAAAAUCUCUUCAGCUCAUUGGUGAAUCUACAAAACCAGCUUUCACUGAUUCACAGGAGAGCACAGGAAGGGUCUGCUGUUGAGAUGACACCGAUAGAGGCUGAUUUUUCAUGGCAUAAAAAGAUGAUUUCAUUGGAAAUGGAAAUCCAGGAGGCCUUUUUGCGUUUCAUGGCCUCAUUAUUGAAAGGAUAUAGACCAUACCUUAAACCAAUAACACAGGCACCUUCUGAGAAAACCACUUCUGCAAAUUCACUUUAUGAUCUGCAAGGGUUCUUGAAAUCUCGAGAUCGAGCACAUCACAAAUUCUAUGUUCAGUUGACUAAAACGCAGAUGUUUAUUCGUUUCAUUGAAGAAUGUUCUUUUGUGAGUGACAAGGAUGCUGGCCUGGCAUUUUUUGAUGACUGUAUAGAUAAGCUUUUUCAUUCUGAAAAAGGCACGGAGAAAGGAACCAAGGUUGAUUCUGACUACACUGAAGAGACAAAGCUAAUUGAGCUGGAUGAGUCACAGAAGAGUGAACACACUGUCUUUGUAAUGCCUCUGGAGCCUCCACCAUCGGAUGGAAAAGAUCCACCAGGAAAAUUUAGCUACAAAACUUUUCCAGUGCUUAAACCAGAGCUGUUUGACAGACCACAGGAAUUAAAAAUGCCAGUCAGUCUUUUAGUUGGAGCUACUAUCCCUAGUAGUCCAGCCCUCAUGGCAAAAAGAACAAAACAGGAAAUAAAAACUGCCCAUAAAAUUGCAAAGAAAUACUUCUCAAUCCCUGCACUUUGGUCCAAGUGCUUGUUCAGCCAUUGUUACAGCCUUUGGUUCAUUUGCUUACCAGCAUAUGUUGGGGUCUCCUAUUCCAAGGUCCAAGCACUGCAGCAAGCAUACGGUGUUCUCAUCAAAAUGAGAAAUAUGAAGGUGGAUCCACUGGAUGAGGUGUGCUACAGGGUUCUGAUGCAAUUAUGUGGGCUCUUGGGCCACCCAGUACUUGCUGUUAGAGUACUGUUUGAAAUGAAAAAUGCAGGUGUACAACCAAACGCCAUUACUUAUGGUUAUUACAACAAGGCUGUUUUGGAGAGCCCUUGGCCCAGCAGUAAUCGCAGUGGUUGCUUUUUGUGGACAAAAGUGCGGAAUGUGGUUCGUGGCGUAUCUCAGUUUCGUCAAGUGUUUAAGAAAUCAAGCUCUUCAAGCCCUCCAGUGCCACCGUUCUCAGGUGGAAGUGAUACAGAUGCUGUGAGCCAUGGCAGUGUGGAUAGUUCUAACGAUGCUAACAACGGAGAGCAUGUGCUAUUCGUCAGAGAUCUAAUCAGACUAGAUUCUACCGAAAAUCAUGGUAGCACAGGUGCCCAGUCAGACCAGGGGUAUGGAUCUAAAGAUGAACUUCGACGUGAUGACACUGAAGAAACACUGAUAGAAAUUGACUCAUCCAGUACAAUUAAAGAGCGCAAAGGAAAAGAGUCAGACAGCUCUGAUGUGGAUCAAUCAGUGAGUAAAAACAGUACGAAUUCUAGUUUACCAGAAAAACUUCAUUCCUGUAGCAGCAUUGUAAAGCUACAAUGUGCUACUGUUGGCAACCAAGGAAACAAUGCUGAAUUAAUUGUUUCUUUCCAUGUUCAGGAUGAACAUUUUGAUGAUUCAGGAUUCAACUUUCCUCCUGGUAUUCAGGAUUAUGGCUACAGUGGAAGCCCAACUGAAAGAGUAGGUCUGCCUACGACAAUGCCAACAAAUGGGCUUAAUCAGAGCAGCACAAGCCUUGGUGGCAGCAGCAACAGCAGUGAUACUGGUGCUACACAUUCAUCUAAAGUAGGAAAAGAAAAUGAUCCUGAGAAAUCGGAUCGUGGGUCUUCCCAGUGUGCCAGUACAUCAAGUAUUUUCCAGAAUUUUGCAAUGGAGGUAUUGAUGUCCAGCUGUUCUCAGUGUCGUGUCUGUGAAGCUUUAGUUUAUGAUGAGGAGAUUAUGUCUGGCUGGAGUGCAGAUGAUUCAAACCUUAACACCACUUGUCCAUUUUGUAAAAAUACUUUCUUGCCAGUUCUAAACGUUGAGUUUAAGGAUCUGCGAGAUACUGGAAGUUUUUUCUUGAAGUCCAGUGUAUCUGGUGACAGUUUGCACAGCAACAAUGUAACUGCAGGAGGCGAUCCCGCCACGCAGAAAACUGUUCCAGCAGCAUCAAAUCCAAUAAAUUGCACAGAUUCACCUGUUACCACAACAACUCAGGAAGAGUCCUCUUCUGAAGAUAAAUGUGCUGUACCAAAGGGCCCGGAGGAUUUGCUGGACAAUGUAAAUGACGAUCCUCCAAAAUGGACAGCAUCCUUAAUCCGAAGUUACAGUGUAGGUGGUCCAUUGCAAAACUUUGACGUAUCUCAGCGGCCUGCACAUGGCAUUUCAACAACCAGCCUUCCAAAUAGUCUACAAGAAAGUGUGGAUUCUGUAGGCCUUAAAAGAAGGCCUAAUCCGAAGCCUGUGUCCGUCCCAUAUCUGAGUCCAUUAGUCCUGCGUAAGGAACUGGAGUCUCUGUUGGAGAAUGAGGGAGAUCAGGUGAUUCACAGCUCUAAGUUCAUCAACCAGCACCCAAUCAUUUUCUGGAACCUUGUUUGGUAUUUCAGAAGGCUGGAUUUGCCAAGUAACCUGCCAGGUCUCAUCCUUACUUCUGAACAUUGCAAUAACGGCAUGCAGAUGUCUCAGUCAAGUCUUUCACAGGACAGCAAACUGGUUUACAUACAGCUACUUUGGGAUAACAUUAAUCUUCAUCAAGAGCCUGGUGAUCCAAUGUAUAUACGUUGGAGAAACAGGAACAAAAAUCUGGUUGGUGGAUUAACUCCAGAUAGUCAGGUGGAGAAGAGUUCGCUGCAUAUAAUUGUGAGGAGCAUCCAGACCAAUGAUGUGUUUGGACCUAUAUGCCUAAUCCUCAAAGAGUCCAGCAAACACCCUGAAAUCAAGAGACAAAGGAGUAUGUACAGGGAAAUUCUCUUUCUUUCUCUGGUGGCCCUUGGAAGAGAGAAUAUUGAUAUUGAUGCUUUUGAUAGAGAAUACAGAGCAGCUUAUGAGCGCUUGACAGAAGAACAAGUGAAGGUGGCCCUUCCAAUUGAUUUACCGCCCUGCACCAAAAUAGAGUGGUGCCGGAAAUGCUUUGAGCCUCCCUUCAUCUAAACAAGAAACUGCAAUAUUAUUCUGGAGUUGAACCACUAUGAUUUAUGUCCAAAGUAUGAAUGUACAAUCUUCAAACUAAGCACAUAUGCCGAGUUGAUUAAAAUUAAGAUGUUAAUGUAUGUGGAGAUAUAACUGCACAAUUUGAGGUGCCGUUUCGUUGAGAAUAAUGGAAAGAAAACUGUUCACUGUUUCAAACCUCUAUGGAAGGGAAACUUAAUAAAAUGUAACUGCUAAACACUAGAUGUCUUAAGGCAGAUCUGCCAUUUACUGUCAGUUGUCUAGUAGUGCAGUGUUUUGUACAAAUAUCACAAAGAAUGGCCCUGACCAUUGUAUUUUUUAGUAUCAAUGACUGGAUUUUAAAUGUUGAAUUAUUUCUUUCCGUGUAAAUGAAGUGUUGAAAUUCUACAAUUCAGAAUGAAAUCAUUAGGUGUGCUAUAAUGAAACUAGGGGAUCAUUCUUCUUUAAUUGAGUUGUCUAUGUCACUGAGGCAUAAAAUACUCCCAAAUCAAUCAGGUAAUAUUAGAGUGGUUGUAAGGGGAAUUGGGAGAUAUUUGGGAAACCAUGUUUCUCUGUACUGUACCCAACUGAUGCUUUUCUAAUUACUGACAAAACUCUGCCUAAUAUCUGACAGUGCAGUUCUUUAUUGCUGCACGUAUAAAGGGAUACUGAAAUAUUAUGCUGAGAUAUUUGAUUGAUAAUAGAAGUACUAUUAGUGGUCUCCCCUCCCCAUUUCACUAUGUAUGGUGUAAACAAGAGUAAUUUUAUUUAAAGAAAAAUCGCUGAAUAUUACUGACAGCUUGUUUUUCCAGGAUUUAAUAGAAUGACAAAAGAAACUGAAAAGCCAGGAAAAGCACUGGUAAAUGGUGGCAGUACAAAUAUUAUCGAAGGACAAAGCUUUUGGACUGAUAUCUAUAUGUAAUCCUGUAUUAAAGACUUUACCUUUAUUGAGUUGUAAAAUAAUUGAUUUUAUAUUUUAACACUUCUAAAAAGGCAGAUUGCUUCUAUGGUUCAAAUCUUGUACAGUUACAGUUAUAUGAUGACUUACUAUAAUGUAUGUGAACAUAUUAAAAUUACUUGUUUCAAUAAAGGAUAGUUAUACAAA